CACCAAGAAAAGAGAAGAGAGUGGAAGAUACGAAAUUGAAGAGAAGAAGUUGGAAGUUAGAAAUCGAAAUCGAAAAUCAAAAUGCCUGUGAUGGAGAAGCUCAAGAUGUUCAUUGUUCAAGAACCAGUUGUCGCUGCUUCAUGCGCCAUCGCCGGUUUUGGCCUUUUUCUUCCUGCUGUUGUGAGGCCUAUUCUGGACUCAUAUCAAACAACCGAGCAACCUCCUCAACCUGCUUUGAGUGAUGUGGUCAAAGGUAUGGCAGGUCAAAAGUAAGCUGAUUUACUUGAGAUACAAGUGGAUAAUUGCCAACUUCUCAUGCCUGAACUUUUUUUUUCUUUCAUUUUGUGAGUAAUAAAAGUACCUAGUUACAAAACAUUUGAUUGAGCAUCAGUUUGUUACAAUCUAUCAGUUCCAGAUUCAUCCAGAGGCUUCAUUUCAUAUUUAGGUUAAGUGUUUGGUUGAAUGUCAAGUUUAUUCUGUUGCCUUAUUGAUUGUCUCUAAUUAAAUAUCAAAAGCACUUUCCGAAUUGUUCCUCUAGUGACAAUAUAAAGGAGUUUUGUU